UGACAUCACAGCAUGCUUUGGCCUGGCACGGCGGCCUAAUACAGGAAACCUUAACCUUGACCUUGAACGAAAACAUUUGCCGGCGGCGCCCGCGGCGGUGACGCCAGGGUUAUCGAUGCCGGAAUAAAGACAUAAGACAUUUGCAAUAAAAUAAAACAUGAUUCAUCAUUCUGAUUAAAGAGUAACCCUCAUCAUUUGUCUUAAAUGAACAUCAGCUUACAAAAGGUGUAUUGCCCCGUCAUGUGGGUGCGCUCGUCGUUUGGCGGGGUCGAGCCGUCGUCUGUGGCACCCGUCCCGAGCCGGCGACGCGCCCGCCCGGCACGCUCUGCCCCCCGUCCGGCGCCGGUGCCCGCCGCUGGGGUGGGGUCGCUCUGGGCCGAGCGACACCGUCCGACCAGCACCCAGCAGCUGGCCGUGCACCGCACCAAGGUGGAGGAGCUCGAGCGCUGGCUGCUCGACACCGGGCGCCGGCUGACGGCCGGCUCGGCCGCGAGUCCGUUUCUGCUGGUGACGGGACCGGCCGGAUGCGGAAAGUCGGCCUGCGUGCGCUGCGUGGCGGACAAGCUCGGUCUUUCGCUGGUGCAGUGGACGACCCCCGCCUCGGGCCGGCACCAGCGCGACAGGAUGCUGGAAGAUCCCUGGGAGGGCCAGGGCGACACGGUCACCCCCGAGGGCCAGCUGCGGCAGUUUGCCGACUUUCUGGUGCGGGCCAACCGGUACGGCUCGGUCCUGCCAUCUGGUGGCGGCGCCGCGAGGCUGGUGCUGGUCGACGAUCUGCCCAACGCCAUCAGCUACAGAAAGGAAGAGUUCUACGACGUGCUGAGGCGGUACGGACGCGGUGCUCGCAGUCCGUGUGUGUUCGUGAUGAGUGACGGCGGAGCACGCUCGGACCUUGAUGUGCUCAGCGUGUUCCCCGACUCUGUGCGGGCUGAGCUCGGCAUUCAUCAGAUCACGUUCCGUCCGCUGACUAACAAGCAGCUGGUGACGGCGAUGGAGCGGGUGCUGACGGCGGAGAAAGGCGUGUCCCACCCGGGUAAGGCGACUCUGGAGGAGCUGGCUGCUGCCGCCUCGGGAGACAUCCGCUCCGCCAUCAACGCCCUCCAGUUUCUCUGUGUGCAGCCCACACCGGGAAGGACGGAUAAGUCAGCCAAGACCAAGUCAAAAGCUGCGCCGCCUCCGUCGAAGAAGGCCCGGCUGAAGUCUGAUCCGGCAGCUGAGGAGGCGGUGGCGGCCGUCGGUAGCAGGGAUGCUACGCUGGGCCUCUUCAGGGCCGUCGGAAAAAUCAUGUAUGCCAAACGCGGCGAGGGCUGGGAGUCGCCCGAGCUGCCCGCCCACCAGUCGUCCCACCGUCGGCCGCCGCUGCUGGAGCGGCAUCCGGAGCUGGUCUGUGCCCGCGCCGGCGUCCAGCCCGAGACGCUGGUGGCCCACCUGCACCACAACUACCCCGAGUUCUGCCCGAGACUGGAGGACGCCGUGGCGGCGGCUGGCUACAUCAGUGAUGCGGAUAUGAUCACCGCUGACUGGCAGUCUCGAGUGGCCAUGCAGGCUUACAGCAGCUCGGUGGCCGCUCGGGGCGUCAUGUUCUGCCGCCAGACCACCGUCAGCCUCGGCUUCCGGCAGUUCUGCCAGCCGAGACUCACCGCCGUCGAGCAGCAGCGCGGAAAAAGACUGGAGACUCUCCGCGACUCUCUGGCCGAGUGGAGGGUCCCGGCCGACACCCUGGUCACUGAGCUACUGCCCUUCCUGCGUCUGAGGGGCGCCGCCGGGCCGUUCCGCCCGAGCGCGACAACUCUGCCUAGCUACGACAUGCCGUUCUACAAGCGUAUCUACCAGCCUGCACUGGACAGGCCGGGAAGCUGUGAUAGUGACGAGGACGGGGAGGAAUCUCUGGAGAUUGAGGAGUACGCCGACUGAGGACAGGUCAGUCCUCACAUCUGUACUCGAACUGAUACCACCGUCGGUCGGCUGGCCCGAAUAUCUCUUCAGUCGGUAGAGACGCUUCUACAUACGUUCCACAGGCGUAUUCCAUCUCAUCACCAGCUGUGAUGUUGGUUUCCCGAGCGAGUAGCAUUCAGCAGGUGCGAUGGCACGCUUUAAUGGUGCCACGUGACAGUGAUUCGGGUGUAUCCAAUAUUUGUUGUCAUGUUCUUGUUAAAUAAUGCAAAAUAAAUAGUUUAUUUAUGCUA